CACCUAGCUUGCUACUAUGGGGUACCCAUAAUAUUUAAUCCGAUCUGCUAGUCCUGGAGUUGACGAAUGUACUUAGCCGGGUACAUACGCCCAUGCAUGUACAUAGCUAGGAUACCCCAAUACGGAUAUUUUUUUUCGUUCGUUACCGGUUGUGGCACCUCCGAUUCGGGGCAUUGGGCGACGAAAAGGUCAUUCAAUUUUUAUUUGAGAACAAGUUUAACAAUACAUAACUAACAACAUACCGUGACUCUUGAUGUCUCAUUCUCUUUUUUAACUUACUAUAGUCUUAUCUUUUUCAUUCCAAUUGUAUUCCUCAGUGGUUUGCGUUAUCGUUAUCGCCAAUUAUUUUUCUAUUUUCUAAAGAAUAUUACAAUAAAUCCCAUUGUUAUUGGAGCGCUGCCCCGCCAUCGACUCAUUCACGUUUGUGACGUCGCAUUUGUACAUCGGCUUAAAUCGAUAAUAGGUCUUCCUGACCUUUCACUUCUCAGAAGCCAUGGAGUCUGUACUCCAUAGCAACGAUAGCAAUGGUGGAUGGAUCGUACAAAAAUUUGGUGGUACAAGUGUGGGAAAAUUUCCAGAUCGUAUCGCCGAAGACAUAGUCCGGGCUAGCUUAAGUUCGAAUAAAAUCGCAGUCGUCUGUUCUGCCAGAAGCUCCGGCAAGAAAGUUACUGGCACUACGAGCCGUUUACUAGAGGUGUACAAGCAAUUACGCGCCAUAUCAGCAGCUACGAGUAAUGAAGUCACACAAAAUGAGCUCGUUGAAGCUGCCAAACUCAUCAUACAAGAUAUCUGCAAUGACCAUAUCUCGGCUGUACAAGCCUUUGUGAAAAAUCCCGACUUACAAAAAGCCGUCACCUCAGAUAUAAAAGAAGACUGCCAGGAAUUAAUAGAUUAUAUCAUCGCGGCCAAGAGAUUCAACCUGGAGGUCAAUGCGAGAUCGAAGGAUCGUGUCGUCAGCUUCGGAGAGAAAUUGAGCUGCAGAUUUAUGACAUAUCUACUAAAAGACAGGCAUGUUGAGGCAGAGUAUGUGGAUUUGUCAGAUGUUAUGCAUUAUGACAGCUCCGAUCGAUUAAGUCCGGCCUUUUACAAAGAUGCUGCAGCCAUCUUCCGAAAAAGGAUACAAGCAUGCAAUGACCGAGUACCUGUAAUUACGGGUUUCUUCGGCAAUGUACCCGGCAGCCUUAUGGAUGGAGACAUUGGACGAGGAUACACUGAUUUAUGCGCUGCAUUAGUAUCCGUAGGAGUGAAGGCCCAAGAAUUGCAAAUAUGGAAGGAAGUCGAUGGUAUCUUCACAGCAGAUCCCACGAAAGUACCCACGGCACGAUUACUAGCGUCGAUCACACCAUCCGAAGCGGCGGAACUCACAUUCUACGGCUCUGAAGUCAUCCACCAUUUGACGAUGGAUCAAGUUAUCAAGGCGGAUCCCCCUAUACCAAUUCGCAUCAAGAACGUGAAUAAUCCGCGCGGUAACGGCACUAUCGUUGUUCCCGACCCAGUCCAAUCCCCAGCACAACAGAUCCGAAGAUCUCGGCCGUCCGAUGCUUCCUUACGCAAAUACCCCAAGCGUCCUACAGCCGUCACCAUCAAGAACAACAUCACAGUGAUCAAUGUACAUUCAAACAAACGUUCGAUAUCACACGGCUUCUUCGCUAAGGUAUUCUCGAUCCUCAACAGCCACCGGAUAUCCGUCGACUUGAUUUCUACGAGCGAGGUCCACGUCUCCAUGGCCAUCCACUCAACAGCUCCAUCCGUACGCCACUUUGAAAAGGCCAAGGCGGAACUCGAGGAGUGUGGCGAUGUGAGCAUUCUACUGGAUAUGGCUAUUUUGAGCUUGGUUGGUGCCGAGAUGAAGAAUUUGACGGGUAUUGCGGGACGUAUGUUCUCUACGCUUGGAGAGCAUAAUGUUAAUAUUGAGAUGAUAUCGCAAGGUGCGAGUGAGAUAAAUAUCUCGUGUGUCAUUGACGCGAGAGAGGCUACGAGAGCCAUGAACAUAUUACAUACGAAUCUCUUCACGUUUCUUGAGAUGUGAGAGGGUAUACCAAUAGAUGAUCAGAUACGCUUUUAUCAUUGCAUAAGAAGACUAUAGUUUUAUAAAGGCAGCAUGUUCAGGGGUACAGGGAGCCUAUUUCGUUAUGUGCAUUAGAGCUGUGUAAAAGCCUUAGAGGUACAAAAAAGGGGCUUGGUGUUCUCUAGAAUAUGUGACUAUUAUAGAGUGAAGAGUGAUAUCCAACAUUUUACUUGGUAUCGUGACAUGGUAUUUGACUGUUUUCUGAAUGGAUUGGACGGAGAAUCUGGAGGGCCAUUCAUAGGGAUACAACUACUAAGGGAAAAGAAUCAUAGGAUGAAAUCAUUAUCCCACACAGCAAACUGAACUCAAUAAG